AUGAUCAAGUUACUCACCUUCCCCGUGUUAGCGGCUCUUGCUUUGGAUGUCUUUGCUGUUCCUACUCACAGCCCUAGAAACUUCGCCGACUCGGGUCUACUUGUCGAGACAACUUCAGGGUCUGUUAGGGGCUUUGUCAACCAUACUGCUCCUGAAGUCCGACAAUUCCUCGGUGUACCGUUCGCGGAGCCUCCCGUGGGAGAUCUUCGCUUUGCCCGGCCGCAGAAAAAGAAGCAUGGUGGAACCAUCAAGGCAUUUUCGCUUCCUAAUUCUUGUAUGCAGCAAUUUGACAUCAAUUCCUCGACAAUCUACACAGAAUAUGAGUCGGAAUUCUUGAUUAGUGGGGGCAACUCGGAAGAUUGCCUCUAUCUUUCUAUUUGGGCGCCCAGCCUUGACACUCUUCAAUCGCAACAGCGCCCCCUGCCAGUUCUGCUCUAUAUUCCGGGAGGUGGCUUUACUAGUGGUGGUCAGGCAUCUAUGUACAAAAUUCCUGACAAAUGGGUUCAAAGAACACAGUCCCAUAUUGUCGUUAUCAUGAAUUAUCGCGUGAAUGUUUUUGGCUUCCCCAAUGCAAAGGGACUGGAAGACCAGAAUGUUGGGUUUUUGGACCAAAGACUGGCUGUCGAGUGGGUCCAUGCUAACAUAGGAAAUUUCGGCGGCGACCCGGAGAGGAUAACCCUGUGGGGUCAAUCCGCUGGAGCUGGCAGCGUUGCCGUUUAUCCGUAUGGAUAUCCCGAUAACCCUCUUGUUGCAGGUUUGAUCGCAGACUCCGGGGGUCCGGGUAUUGUGAGCGGAAGUGAUGUAGCCCACACAAACUUUACUUUCUUUGCUGGUCUGGUUGGAUGCAAGGGGCUCAGCGCUGAGAAGGAACUGAGCUGUGUCAGAAAGGUACCAGCUCAGGCCCUUGAGAAUGCGCUAUCGUAUUAUUCUGGCAAUGAUACGUUACCGUCUAUCUCGUUCAAGCCAGUCAUCGACAACAAGACCGCAUUUUCAAACUGGACCGAGCGCAUAUUGGAUGGAAAGGUUGCCAAAACGCCCAUGAUCAUUGGUAGCAAUUCAAAUGAGGGUGCUGGCUUUGUGUCCUUUACCCCUAAUGGACCCGGGGAUCAAGCCCUAGCCGGUGCUACUAAGAUUAUCAGCUGCCCCGUCGCAUCAGAAGCUAAGAACCGCCACCUUGGCGACCUUCCAACCUAUCGAUACGAAUAUGCUGGCAACUUCACAAAUAUUUCCCCUCUGCCUUGGUUUGGUGCCUAUCAUAGUUCAGAGCUACCUCUGCUCUUUGGAACCCAUUCUGAGUAUGGUGGCGCCUCAACUAAGUUUGAAUGGGAGAUGAGCUACGCUAUGGAGGCAUUAUGGCUAAGCUUUGCCGAGGAUCCCAUGCGUGGUCCUGUCCGUGCAGCGCUAGGAAAUAUUGCCGCAAAUCCGACAACGGAGACUUUCUUUUCCUGGCCGCAAUUUGCGCAGGGGUCCGCUGAUAUGUUACUGUUUGCGAAGGACAACAAGUUGAUGCAGCUGGUAUCUUCUAAGAGCAUUGACACUUCAUGUUCAAUGUCCUAG